ACUGCUACUGCUGCUGCUGCUGCUAGUACUAGUCGUCCAUACUCACCAAUCAAUCAUUUCAGACUUUCCAUGGAAACGUGCUUCUGUCCGAGAUCGCUCCACAAGUCUCUCUUACCCACAGAGUAUUAGAAAGAUUACGGACAAGUGGUUAGCAAAAGGAAAAUAAAUCAAUUCAUUCAUAUUACCGAAGGACUAUCUAUCGGAAAGCUUCUUAUCCACACUAUGAUACCAAUCAAGUGGGUGAUGAUAAUCAAGGUGCAUCCAAUAGUGGAUCAGGGCGUGUGUCGAGGCUGAAGUUUGUGACUGGUGUCGUCGACUUAUUUAUGACUCCUGUAUCCUGUGUCCCUGUCUGUCAUAUUUUCGUUCUUAUCGCCCCUACGCCACCUAUCCUUCUCUCUCUCUCUCUCUCUCCCUCCCUCUUUCUGAGCAACCUGAUUUUUAUACCUGUCCGAUUUCUAGAAUUGAUCCAACCGGUUGCCUACCGGUCCAGUGUUCCUUCGAGAAUCCCAUCCGCUCAACACAUCUCAUCGGACUGAAUACUCGUUGUUCAGCGACAGCCACGGUGAUCCACUCGAGCCUCACAGUCUCGGAUUGUUUUGCGGUAUUCGAUCCGCAGGUAGCAAUUCCCAAUGGCAGAAUACCCUGUAGCCUACAAUGGGUCGGCGACCGGGACCGGAGGUGACUCUUUGACGGAAGAUCUUAACAUCUACUACAGCUCUGGUGACAUCGCAUGGGUUAUUGUUUCGACGGCUCUUGUCUUGUUGAUGAUUCCUGGAGUCGGAUUCUUCUAUUCCGGUCUUGCCCGUCGGAAGUCGGCACUUUCGCUACUAUGGCUAUCGAUGAUGUCUGUCGGAAUAGUCUCCUUUCAGUGGUUCUUCUGGGGUUACUCUCUCGCUUUCUCUCAUACUGCCGGAAAAUAUAUCGGUGACUUGAACAACUUUGGGUUCAAAGGUGUCCUGGGUGCACCGUCUGUUGGUAGCGACAAGGUCCCGGAUCUCUUGUUUGCUGUCUUCCAGGGCAUGUUCGCAUGUAUUACCGUGGCGCUCGCAGUUGGUGCUGUCGCAGAGCGUGGCCGCAUGCUUCCCUGCAUGGUUUUUAGCUUUGUAUGGUCCACCAUUAUCUACGAUCCUCUGGCAUGCUGGACCUGGAACUCGAGCGGUUGGGUAGCAAACCUUGGUGGUCUUGAUUUUGCGGGUGGUACACCCGUUCACAUCGCCUCUGGUUGCACCGCAUUGGCAUACUCAUUGAUGCUUGGAAAGCGCCGCGGACACGGUACCCAUGAGCUCAACUAUCGCCCACACAAUGUCACACAUGUGGUUAUCGGUACUGUAUUCCUUUGGGUUGGGUGGUUUGGAUUCAAUGCCGGCUCCGCCUUGAGCGCCAACCUUCGUGCCGUCAUGGCAGCCGUAGUUACCAACCUCGCCGCCGCCGUGGGUGGUGUUACCUGGUGUCUUCUGGACUACCGAUUGGAGAGGAAAUGGUCUACUGUUGGUUUCUGCUCCGGCGUGAUAGCCGGCUUGGUGGCCAUCACCCCCGCAUCAGGCUUUGUCACUCCCUGGGCCUCUUUCAUUUUCGGUGUCGUAGGAGCCGUCGCUUGCAACUAUGCCACGAAACUCAAAUACGUGAUCAAGGUCGACGACGCGCUUGACAUCUUCGCUGUCCACGGUAUUGGAGGUCUGGUAGGCAACCUUCUGACUGGGCUUUUUGCUGCUGAUUACAUCGCUCACCUUGAUGGCUCUACCACAAUCGAUGGCGGUUGGAUCAACCACAACUACAUCCAGCUAGCUUAUCAGCUCGCCGACUCCGUUACUGGAAUGGCAUACUCUUUCUUCGGAAGCUGCAUUAUCCUCUUCAUCAUCAACUUGAUCCCCGGUCUCAGCUUGCGUGCCCCCGAAGAAGACGAGAUUAUGGGCAUUGACGACGCCGAGAUUGGCGAGUUUGCUUAUGACUACGUCGAAAUUACCCGCGACGUGAUCAGUGCCGCCAACAGUGAGAACGGCGAAGCUGCUUCCAAGCGUAGCUUGACUCCAACAGGCAACGAGACAACCAUAGAGACCAAAGCUUAACCCAUUUCUUGUCUAUGAGUUGAGCUUGAUAUCUUUUGCUACACGUUUCUUUUCUUUACAUUAAUCAUAGUAUCAUCGUGCAAGGUCGCAGGGUAGUUGUCACCUUGACCGCCCACCACGAUACCUUUGUAUAUACUUAUGCACCCAUUCAUUCUUUCCAAGAUUUCCUUUCUGUCAUUUUCAUUCACUUCUCACUUGAUCAUCGGAAAAGCAGUACAUGUCAUUACUGUUUUGUCUCUGAUGCUUCUAUUCGACCAUCUUCCUUUCUCUUGAUCCCCAUUCUUUGCUUUCUUUGCAGAUACCCUUCUCUACCCUGAUAUUGACUUACAUAUUCAUUUACUUUCUAUUCCAUGAAGUUUCCCUAUUUAUUUUCUAUUUUCUUCGGUAUAAACUUCAGAAUAACGGUCCCAAAACAGCACCCAACCCCGAAUCAAUGAAACCUCAACUUUCUACUAAGUAUAUAAAACAUAAUGAAACCUACACAGACCAUACCUCCACC